AUGCAAAGCUCCUCUGGGGCACAUCAGACCCUCCUGCUUUAUCAAGAAGCUUUGGUUUUGGGAAGGGUCACCUGCUCCUCCAACAGCUCACAGGAGCCCCCAAAUAAUGGGACACCCCCCCCCUAUUUCGAUGGCCCCCAGGGGCCCCACCGCCCACGGGGAAUGUACCUGUCGGUGGCUGUGCUGAUGGGCAUCGUGGUCUCUGCCUUGGUUGUGAAAGGCUUGGGCAUCGCGGUUGCCAUCAGGUGCAAGAAGCUCCGGUCGCCUCUGAACUACACCCUGGUGAGCCUGGCGCUGGCCGACCCUGUGACGCUCUGCGGCAGCUCCAUCAGCCCCUCCAACAACAUCAACCGCGUCUGCGUGUUCGGCAAACAGCUGUGCGAGCUGGAGGGCUUCAUGGUCUCCCUGACAGGCAACGCUUUCAUGCAGGAUGUACAACUCACGUCCACCAAUGAAGCCAUCGCCAGCCAGCCAGCUCUCGCAUCCCUGCCCUCCUACUUCUCCAGGACCACCACGGUUUACAGUCCAGUCAUCUACAUCUUCAUGAACAAACAGUUUCAGAGCUGCCGGCUGAAAACGGUGUGCUGCAGUUACCGCCCCGGGGGGACAGGAAAAACUGCUCCGGCUGCAGCCGGCCCCUGCGCAGGCAUCGCUGCAGAGGGGUCGUGGAAUAAGGCGACACCGUCUCACCCCGUCUAA